AUGAAUCACACUGAUAAUUCGCCGUCAUCUUUAUACAUCAGAGAUGACGCCAGAAAAUUAAUAGACCCUAAUAAUUUAGUUGAAUUGGCACACUACGUUGAAAGUGCCAAUAGUUUUGUUAGUGCAAACGCAUGUUCUCAACUUCGAUUAAUUGUUGAACAGAUGCAACAUUUAAAAUCUCAGGCAAAGGCUAUCAUACAAAACGCCCAUAGAGAUACUUUGUUACAUAAACUUCCCUGUAAUUUCAUAAAAAAACCCGGAAAUGUUUAUUACGUGUAUGAGAAGCCAGAUGCUAGCCAGUAUUUUAGUCUGCUUUCACCCACGGAGUGGGAUGGCUGUCCACACAGAUAUAUUGGAGCUUAUAAACUUCUUUCUGAUAUGUCUUGGAUUUCUGAAGACGAUUUUGAUAACUACGAAUCUAAUCGCAGUGCAGCACUCCAAAUUAUGGAUAAACACCAAAUAAUGCUAGAUUUUAAAAACAUGACAUAG